AUGUCAACGCUGUCGAAGAGUUCAGAUUUCAUGCGAGAAUUGCUCCUCGGAGGACAAUUUUCUGACAUAGAUAUCAUCUGUCAAGAUGUCACUUUCAAAGCCCAUCGAGCUAUUGUUUGUACACAGUCAAGGUUCUUCAACAGCGCAUUCUGCGAUGGCUUCAAGGAAUCUUUCGACCGAUCCAUCAAUCUGAAAGAUGAGACACCAGAGACCAUCGAACGUGUCCUGUCGUUCCUCUACCUGAGGGAAUACCAGGAUGAAGGGAAUGUGGUUCUAUUUCGGCCUAGUACAGAUGAUUCAGAUUCAGUCAGUCAAGGGGAUAAAUUCAACGAGAUGGAAGCUUUGAAGUCAAAGGCUUUAAACAACAUAUUGGUAUUCACUGCCGCUGAUAAAUUUGAAAUCGAUCCAUUGAAGAAUCUAGCGUCAGAGAAGUUCUCUGAAUGGGUAUCUGGAAAUUGGGACUCGUCAAUAUUUCCUGAGGUAGUUGAAGAAGCUCUAGCGUUGACCCCUUCUCAUGAAACGAAAUUGCAGGAGAUUAUCGCCGUGGUUAUUUCAAGUCACAUAUUCGAAUUAAUCGACAAAGCGGCUAUUCUUCCUGUCUUAAGUUCCUUCGGAUGCCUUGGGUCCUUGGUAAUCCUGGAUUUAGUCCAAAAGGGACUAGUCAAACAGCCUAGCGAAAAAGACGUCCUCCAGGGACUCGCUCAAAAACUCAACUCACGUCGUCACUGUCGGCAUUGUUCGGCAGCAUUGAACGUGAGAAUGGAAAGUGGGGAAUACCAGAUCGGAAAUUUCCGUUGCGCCGUCUGUCAUACACGACAUUAG